AUGGAGGGACAUUGCCAAUGCGGACAAAUCCGGUUCACGACCCCCUUGCCGGCGCCUUUGGCACUCUAUAUCUGCCACUGCACUGAAUGUCGGCAUCAGUCCUCGUCCACAUACGGAAUGACGGCCAUCUUCCCAUACUUUGAAAUCAAACCACCGUAUGAGGGCGCCAUCGCCGUUUACAGCCGACCGAACAGCAAUGGACACACGGAUGGGUUCUUCUGCACCAAAUGCGGAUCUCGCCUAAUCCAUGUCGACGUGUCGCCCGACGGCAAGCCGAAAACGAAGUUGAGCGUUAAGUCGGGCUGUUUGGAUGGCAUUACUAAGGAAAUGAUGAGAAAGGCAGUCCAUUGCUGGACCAAGUCGGCCGUCAUGGACAUUCCCAUGAGCGCAGAGGCGUUCGAGGAAGAGCCUCCUGGUGGUAGCUUCGAGUCGGAUUGA